AUGCUACAAGCUCCGGACAUGCGUGCCUUCCGAUCGCCUUACCUCCGAACCCUCACCGCCCAAGCCGUCACCUGCUGCAAAGCUCGUAACUACCCCCAGCAGCCCAAGAAAUUCCACUCCACUCUCAACCGCCGGCUCCCCUCCUCCCCCACGGCCGCCGAUGAAACCACCGCGUCCGUCUGGUCGGCCUUUCCGGGCUCGACGCGGACGCCGCCGUCUGACCCGACUUCCCGGCAGACCCCUGCCGUUGAAACAGUCUACGACCCCACCACAGGCCGCGUGGUCACCAAGAGAGAAUCCAGUGGCGCCAGCCAGGAACUCGAACCUGUCAGUCGCUCCUCGAGUAUUGAGGUGAGCAGCCGAGUCUACCGAGAUGUCGUCGGGAGCAGCAGUGUCAACAGCAGCGUGAGGAAGAAGGGGAAGAUUCGAAGCGUCUUUGUCUGUGAGAGCUGUGGGUACUCGGAUGGGCAGUGGUGGGGCUCGUGCAGGGAAUGUGGGACGACAGGCACCAUGAAACGGUACACAGUCGAGAGCGCCCUGGAGAAGAAAGGGACUGGGGCUCCGGUGCCGGAAAACCUGGAAAGGUCGUGGCUGCCAAAGGAGGCGGCUCCUAUUCGGUUGUCUGAUAUGUCUAAUCGGAUUGAGGAGUCAAAUUGGCGUAUUCCUUUGCACGGAGUAUUUGGAGCUGAAGUAGAGAGGGUUCUCGGCGGCGGAUUGGUCCCAGGUUCUCUAGUGUUAGUGGGUGGAGAUCCUGGGGUGGGUAAAAGCACACUAUUGUUGCAGAUUGCUGCAUUGAUAGGAGAAGGGGAUGAUGCAGAUGUUCCAUCUCGAGUUUUAUAUGUAUCUGGGGAAGAGAGUGUUGAGCAAAUUGCAAAUAGAGCUGACCGUCUUCAUAUCCGGACAGAAGAGCUUUUUCUGCAUUCAAAUACAGAUAUUGAGGAUAUUCUAGAACAGGCUCAGCCUCUCUCCCCAAAGGCUUUAAUCAUUGAUUCCAUUCAGACCGUCUAUUUAAAUGGAGUGACUGGAAGCGCCGGAGGUUCUACGCAGGUGAAAGAAUGCACUUCAACAUUACUAAGGUUUGCGAAGAAGACGAAUAUCCCUGUACUUUUGAUUGGGCAUGUGACCAAAUCUGGAGAAAUAGCUGGGCCACGUCUUCUCGAGCACAUUGUGGAUGUUGUUUUAUAUAUGGAAGGGGAGAAACUUUCAUCUCAUCGAUUGCUUCGAUCAGUGAAGAAUCGGUUCGGCUCCACGGAUGAGCUUGGUGUUUUCAAAAUGUCGGAGUCAGGAUUGCAAGGAGUUUCUAAUCCAAGCGAGAUGUUCUUAGGUGAGCAGCGCUCUAAUUCAGAUUAUCUGGCCGGGUUGGCUGUGGCUGUGGUUAUGGAUGGAUCACGAGCAUUUCUCAUUGAAGUUCAGGCACUGUGUGUGGCUGGCUCAUCUGCCUUGAGGCAGUGGAAUGGUAUUCAAGGUAGCAGAGCUGAUAUGAUUAUUUCUGUUAUUACGAAGCAAGCGGGUCUUAAGCUACAGGAUAAUGCCAUUUUUCUUAACGUUGUCAGUGGGUUUAGCCUGACCGAGACGGCUGGAGAUCUAGCUAUAGCAGCUGCAAUUUGUAGCAGCUUCUUGGAAUUCCCCAUACCCUAUGGCAUAGCAUUCAUUGCAGAAAUUGAUCUUAGUGGUGAACUUCGCAUGGUGCCUCAAAUGGAAAAACGAGUGAACACACUUGCGAAGCUGGGAUACAAGAAGUGUAUUGUCCCAAAAUAUGCAGAGAAUUUGUUCAGUGGUGUGAAUCUUCAAGGUAUGGAGAUUUUGGGAUGUGUUAAUUUGAAGCAGAUGAUUAACACUGUUUUCAGGAGGUUAUGA